AUGACUGACACUAAAAUCAAAGGAAACAUCAGCUUGAAAGGCUCUGCUCAACUGGUGCAAGAGUUUUUCCACUAUGGAAUUAACAGUAUUCUUUAUCAACGAGGUUUGUAUCCUGGUGACACGUUCAGAAGGGAGAAGAAGUACGGCCUGACAUUGCUAGUCACAAACGAUCCGAAGCUGCAACAGUUUCUUAAUCCUCUUCUCAAACAAGUCGAAUUUUGGCUGAGCAAACGUAAAUUAAAGCGAUUGGUUGUUGUGAUUUCGGAAAUCAAAACUAGAGAGGUCAUGGAACGAUGGCAGUUUGACAUACAGACUGAGGACAUGAAUGAAGAAGGAGAGAAUUCGACAAGACAAAAGGAUGAGAAGAAAAUAAAGCAGGAAAUAGCUGACGUAAUUCGACAAAUCACGGCCUCAGUAACAUUUCUUCCACUACUCGAGGAGCCGUGCUCUUUCGACGUUUUAAUAUACACUGGAAAGGAAACAGAAGCACCUGAAGAUUGGGUUGAAAGCAGCGCAUGCCUCAUAAAGAAUUGCGAACAGGUUCAGUUGAGAUCGUUUUCGACGGCAGUUCACAAUGUAAAUACUAAUGUGCAGUACAAGGGAGACUUCUAG